AUGGCCGAGCAGGUGACCAAGUCGGGGGUGUUCGUGUGUCUGGGUAACCUCUGUCUAUUACCCACUGCAGAAGCAGUCUUCAGGAAACUUGUAACUGAUCAAAACAUUUCAGAUACUUGGAGGAUGGACAGUGCAGUGACGUCCACGUAUGAACUAGGAAACCCUCCUGAUUAUCGGGGGCAGGUUUGCAUGAAGAAGCAUGGUAGUCCCAUGAGUCACGUUGCCCAGCAGGUUACCAAAGAAGACUUUGCCCCUGCUUUUGACUGUAUACUACGUAUGGAUGAAAGCAACCGUAGAGAUUUGAAUAGAAAAAGUAACCAAGUUAAAAACUGUAGACCGAAAUUUGAACUACUUGGGAGCUACGAGCCACAAAAACAACUCAUUUUUGAAGAUCGCUAUGAUGGCAGUAAUGCUCACUUUGAGACCACCUACCAGCAGUGCGUGCAGUGCUGCAGAGCUGCCCUGGAGAAGAUUCGCUGA